AUGCGGGCUAAGUUUGAGGUAGCCACUAAAGAGGUUCAUAACCCGAUAAGGCAGGACAGAAGGAGUGAUGGCAGGUUGCGGUAUUACGGCAAGGAACCGAGCUUUAACUACGGGGCGCUACCACAGACGUGGGAGGAUCCAUCUGUACAAGAUGAGGAGACGAAGCUGUAUGGAGAUAGAGAUCCUCUGGACCUUGUCGAACUUGGGGACAGGCCUAUCCCGACAGGUACUGUUGCUGAAGUCAAGGUGCUGGGUUGCUUCUGCCUACUUGAUCAAGGCGAGGUGGAUUGGAAGGUCUUGGCGAUCAACACCGAUGAUGCGAUGAGUGAACGGAUUAAUUCACUCGACGAUUUGGCUCGAUACAUGCCAGGACGAGCGGAAGAGGUUAUGCACUGGUUUCGGACCUAUAAGAUGCUGGAGGGCAAGCCUGAAAACGAAAUAGGAUAUGGCGGGCGCCUGUUACCGUUGGAAAAAGCGGAAAAGGUUAUUACCAGUGCACAUAAACAGUGGGAGAAGCUCAUUGUGGAAGUCGGCGCGAAGGAGUAUUGGGUGCCGCGUACAAAGAAGUGA